CCCGUGUCAGUUGUCAUCAUUAUUCACUGAAUGAAAUGGGCGUUCCCCUCUUCCAACUGCAUAGAACGCUGAUAGUCGAGUUAACAGAAUAUGGAUGAUAUCGCCGGUGCUUAUGCCCAACGUUUCAGCUGCUACCAAGAUAUACCAACAGACAUAUCGCUGUAUCCAUCCUCGUCGUCGCGUAUUGGCAAGUCACCGGAGCACCUAUACAAAGAUUCCAUAUACACCAGCGCAACAACCAGUCGCACAUCGGCAAGCACAGAAUCAACCGGUGACCUUUUCCCUCUCCAGCGCCUCCCAAUACGUCCAAAGGCGUCAUACAAACUUGUCGAUUUCAUCAUCCACCAAACUCUCGGCACCGGCAGCUUUGGACGCGUUCACCUUGUUAGAAGUAUAUAUAACCACCGUUUCUACGCCAUCAAGGUGCUGAGCAAGGACAAGAUCGUUCGCACAAAACAGGUGGAACACACCAACAAUGAAAAAACUCUCCUCGAGGCUGUGCAACAUCCUUUCAUAGUCAACCUAUGGGGCGCCUUUCAGGAUGCUUCCAAUCUGUACAUGGUGAUGGACUUUGUUCCGGGUGGUGAAUUGUUCACCCUGCUGCGCAAAUCGGGGAGGUUCCCCGAGCCCGUUGCCAAAUUUUACGCAGCAGAAGUAGCUCUUGCGUUGAACUACUUGCACAGACUCGAUAUCACAUACCGCGACCUCAAACCAGAAAAUAUUCUCCUUAAUGGAGACGGUCAUAUCAAAAUUGCAGACUUCGGCUUCGCAAAGCGUUGCUCGACUACGACAUGGACGCUCUGUGGCACACCAGAUUAUCUUGCCCCUGAAAUAAUCCUCCAACAACGAUAUACCAGGAGCGUUGACUGGUAUGCCCUCGGCGUACUCAUCUUUGAGAUGUUAACUGGCUUCCCACCCUUUUACCAACCCUCGGGCAACACGAGCAUGCUAUAUGAACGGAUCCUCCGAGGACCCAAAUCCAUCUCUUGGCCAGCAUUCCCGCCACAGACUGUGGAUUUGAUUCUAAAAUUGAUGGAGAGUGACCCCGUCAAGCGGUACGGAAAGUCGGGGUAUGGGACUGGUGAUGUCUUCAUACAUCCCUGGUUCAGCGAAGUCAACUGGGAGAGACUCAACGACCGGAAAAUAACGGCACCUUACUGUCCUAAACUACAGGGCGAGGGGGAUGCCAGCGCCUUUGAAAAAUACCUCGAAGAAGAUGUGGCUUUGACCUAUGGUAAACCAGCGCUCGAUCCCCACGCACUGGAAUUCCCCGAUUUCGAAUAUACCUGCCCAACAAAAUAUCCCAAUUAUUAAUCUGGGGGGUUGCAUGAGGUGUGCUAGAAUGUAACACUUGGUGUUCUCUAUUCCGUGAGUGUCGGGCCGUGUUUUAAUUUACUUAUCUAUGUAUCGCCCUCCUGCACGGCAUAUAUGUCUUGGCAUUGCGUGUUCCGCUAUUAGAAUAUUGUCACCCAACACCUUAGAUAUCUUAUGGUAACGAUAACCGUGGAGUAUCUGUACUCCCCGCGGCGUUUACCCUCGUUUACCUUGUGGUACUUGCGGCCAGCGACAACCGUAAGACCUGAUUGGUUACUUUUACGUUUACAAUCGGACACGUCUCAUCCAUAAACUUGCCCCGGCAUGUUCCAACCUUCAUUAACCACAACUCUCUUGACGCCCACGAUUUUUCCUUUUUGAUAGGCAAGCUGAGUAGGUGGUAUUACGUGG